AAUACAAACGUGUCUUCUUACAACAAAAGUCACGGCACAUAACAACUCUUCUGCUUUUUGUCUUCUCUUUUUCUCAUUCAAAAAAUUUUCACAACAACGUUUAGUUUUUGAUCAUUGAUGAUGCUCACAACAUAUCAACCUUUUGUUUUUUUAACGUUGUUGUUAUGUUUCCUAUGUUUCUGUUCUGAACUUUCACAUGCAGCAUCAAGUUCGAGAGUCAGUAUCAAACAUGGUGAAUUCAUCAGAGACAAAGAAGGUGAAGUUUUAGUCUCAGAUGGCUACAACUUCGUGAUGGGUUUCUUUGGGUUUGAAAAUUCUUCUUCACGUUACGUUGGUAUUUGGUACUACAACAUUCCUGGACCCGAAGUUAUUUGGGUUGCAAACAGAAACAAACCCAUCAAUGGAAACGGUGGUUCCUUCACUGUAUCAACAAACGGAAACUUAGUUAUCCUUGAUGGAAACAAAAACCAACUUUGGUCAACCAAUGUUUCUAUCAUCCAAACCAAUAAGAAUAACUCGGAAGCUGUUCUUCGAGAUGAUGGUAAUCUUGUUCUUUCAAAUGAGAAAGUGGUGUUAUGGGAAAGCUUUGAGAAUCCAAGCGAUACUUAUGUACCUGGUAUGAAAGUUCCUGUUAAUGGGAAGAGUUUUUUCUUCACUUCAUGGAAAUCAAGUACAGAUCCUUCAUUAGGGAACCAUACUAUGGGAGUUGAUCCUGCAGGGUUACCAACACAGAUAGUAGUUUGGGAGGGAGACAGAAGAACAUGGAGAAGUGGUUAUUGGGAUGGUAGAAUUUUUACUGGUGUUGAUAUGACAGGUAGUUUUCUUCAUGGUUUUAUACUUAAUUAUGAUAGUAAUGGAGAUAGGUCUUUUGUUUAUAAUGAUAACGAGUUGAAGGAGAAUGAUAAUAGUUCAGUGAGGUUUCAGAUUGGUUGGGAUGGUAUUGAAAGAGAGUUUCUAUGGAAAGAAAAUGAGAAACGUUGGACUGAGAUACAAAAAGGGCCUCAUAAUGUGUGUGAGGUUUAUAACUAUUGUGGUGAUUUUGCAGCUUGUGAAUUGUCGGUUUCGGGUUCGGCUAUUUGUAAUUGCUUAAAAGGGUUUGAACUGAAGGAUAAGAGGAAUUUGUCAAGUGGAUGUAGGAGGAUGACAGCAUUGAAGGGUGAUCAGAGGAAUGGUAGUUUUGGUGAGGAUGGUUUUUUGGUGCGUGGGAGUAUGAAGUUACCUGAUUUUGCGCGUGUGGUUGAUACGAAAGAUUGUAAAGGUAAUUGUUUACAGAAUGGUUCUUGUACUGCUUAUGCAGAAGUUAUUGGAAUUGGUUGUAUGGUUUGGUAUGGAGAUUUGGUUGAUAUUCUACACUUUCAACAUGGAGAAGGAAACGCUCUGCACAUUCGUCUCGCUUAUUCUGAUUUAGGCGAUGGAGGGAAAAAUGAAAAGAUUAUGAUGGUGAUAAUAUUAACUUCUCUAGCGGGGUUAAUUUGCAUAGGAAUCAUUGUAUUGUUGGUAUGGAGGUACAAGAGACAACUCAAAGCUUCAUGUUCCAAAAAUAGUGAUGUACUACCGGUCUUUGAUGCACACAAGAGCAGAGAGAUGUCAGCAGAAAUUCCCGGAUCAGUUGAACUUGGUUUGGAAGGGAAUCAACUAAGCAAAGUAGAGCUUCCAUUUUUCAAUUUUAGUUGCAUGUCAUCAGCAACCAACAAUUUUUCUGAAGAAAAUAAGCUCGGGCAAGGCGGUUUCGGUCCUGUGUACAAGGGAAAGCUUCCGUCUGGAGAAGAAAUAGCGGUCAAAAGGCUUUCGAGACGGUCUGGCCAAGGUUUAGACGAGUUCAAGAAUGAAAUGAGGUUGUUUGCACAACUGCAACAUAGAAAUCUGGUUAAACUUAUGGGAUGUUCUAUUGAAGGAGAUGAAAAGUUGCUUGUAUACGAAUUCAUGCUGAACAAAAGCUUGGAUCGCUUUUUAUUUGAUCCUAUCAAGAAAACACAAUUAGACUGGGCAAGACGUUAUGAAAUCAUUGAAGGAAUUGCAAGAGGACUCCUUUAUCUGCAUCGUGAUUCAAGACUCAGAAUAAUUCAUCGAGAUCUAAAAGCAAGUAACAUUUUGUUAGAUGAAAACAUGAAUCCAAAAAUAUCUGACUUUGGCUUGGCCCGGAUAUUCGGUGGAAAUCAAAAUGAAGAGAAUGCAACCAAAGUGGUUGGUACAUAUGGUUAUAUGUCUCCUGAAUACGCUAUGGAAGGCCUAGUUUCAGUCAAAUCAGAUGUAUAUAGUUUUGGUGUAUUACUACUAGAGAUUGUGAGCGGCCGCAGAAACACUAGCUUUCGUCACUCAGAUGAUUCGAGUCUAAUAGGUUAUGCAUGGAAUCUUUGGAAUGAACGCAGAGCAAUGGAACUUCUUGAUCCUUGCAUUCGUGAUUCGAGUCCUACGAACAAAGCUUUGAGAUGUAUACAAAUAGGGAUGUUAUGUGUGCAAGAUUCAGCAUCUCAUAGACCAAAUAUGUCCAAAGUUGUGUUGUUGCUUGAGAGUGAAGCAACGACUCUUCCCAUACCUACGCAGCCUUUGAUUACUUCCAUGAGGAGAUCUGAGGAUAGAGAGUUUUACAUGGAUGGUCUUGAUUGUUCAAAUGAUCUCACAGUUACAAUGGUAGCAGGGAGAUAAAAUUAAUGUCCUUUCUGAGUUGAGUCAUUUUUAUUUGCACACAGCUCAUAGUUUUGUUGAUUUUCCUCUUUUUGCCUCUUGAAUUGAAAGUAUAAAUGUAUAAUCUAGAUAUUGAAUACAUUGUAUAUACCAAUUUUGAAUAUA